CAAAACAUAACAUGUCUCACGUCAUAUCCCGCUGUCACGUUCGCUUUCGGAGGAAUCAAACAAACAAGAAUUUAGAAAAGUAAACACACAGACAAAAAUAGUGUUUAAACUUUAAACUGUUUCUCAUUCAUUCCACAUAUAUACAAACUACAAACAACAGAAGAAGAAGAAUCCCAAGUUCUUGAAUUGAGCUGAGUUAAGGUUAAUGGGUAUCUUAUUCUCAAUUUCAUCCCAAUCAUCAUCAUCACCAAAUCCAAGUUUAGGAGAAUUACCAGAAAGUUGCAUAGCUGUUAUAAUGGAAUACAUGGAUCCUCCUCAGAUUUGUAAAUUAGCUUCUCUCAACCGUGCUUUUCAUGGUGCUUCUUUGGCUGAUUUUGUUUGGGAAUCCAAACUUCCCUCUAAUUAUCAUGUCAUCAUUCAAAAAAUCUUUGAUGGUUCUUCUUUUCCUUCUCAUUUAGGGAAAAGAGGGAUUUAUUCAAGACUUUGUUCCCUCAAUACUUUUGAUGAAGGCACCAAGAAAGUUUGGUUGGAUAGAAGCAUGGGUAAGGUGUGUUUGUCUGUAUCGGCUAAAGGGUUGUCAAUAACUGGGAUUGAUGAUCGGAGAUAUUGGAACCAUGUUCCCACUGAAGAAUCAAGAUUCAGUAGUGUUGCGUAUCUCCAACAAAUCUGGUGGUUUGAAGUGGAUGGCGAAGUUGAGUUCCCAUUUCCAGCUGGAACAUAUAGCUUAUUCUUCAGAAUACAUUUAGGGAAACCCUCCAAGAGAUUUGGAAGAAGGGUUUGCAACACAGAACAUGUUCAUGGUUGGGAUGUAAAGCCUGUUAGAUUCCAGCUAUGGACUUCAGAUGAUCAAUAUGAUUCAUCGCAAUGUUUUUUGAAAGGUCCAGGUAAAUGGCGCUAUUACCAUGCCGGUGAUUUUGUGGUUGAAGAUAGUAAUGUAUCAACAAAAGUAAAAUUUUCUAUGACUCAAAUUGAUUGCACACAUACUAAAGGUGGUCUCUGUUUAGAUUCUGUGUUUGUGUAUCCUAGUGAAUUUAGAAAGGUUAAAGAAUUUUUGAACUACUCUUAACCUUAAAGGUAAAAAUACAUUAUAUUACUAGUUUUUUUUAUUCAAAAAGAAAAAGAAAAAAAAAAGAAUCGAGUUUUCAAUAGGGUACUUUUAGGUUUUGAAUUUUGUAGAAUCCAAGGGGAGAUGUAUAUAUGUUUAUUUAAUUAUUUGAUGAUUUGUUUAAUUAGUAUGGAAUGUUCUAUCAUAAUCUUGUAUGGUGAAGAAUAUUGUAUACUUGUGGCUGAUGAAACAAAUCAUUUCUCUAUUUGACGACAAA